AUACUCACUAUUCAUAGCGACCCUCUCUGAAGUUCCAUUCUGGUUGUGGCAAUUCCUUCUCUCUCUUACAUUUUGAAUUGCAAAUCGAAAGCUUUCUCUCUUCCUCCAUCUGGGUUUUUGCGUGCCGCUGCGAGGGUUUGUGUUUUUCAGAUCUGAUCCCUUUUGCAUUGAAUCGACGAAGAAGCUUUGACUGCUGAAAAGAUUGAUGAAAACUGAGGACAAUCAAUGAAAUGGAUUUGGAUGAGGGAACUGGUGCAAUGGAGAGUUCUGCUGGAAAAGAAUUGGCUGCAGGUGAAGGAGACACAAUUCUGGAACCGUACGAGGGUAUGGAAUUUGAAUCUGAAGAAGCUGCCAAGGUAUUCUAUGAUGAGUAUGCCAGGCGAGUAGGAUUUAUUAUGCGUGUAAUGUCAUGCCGUCGUUCAGAGGUUGAUGGGAGGAUUCUAGCCCGUCGACUUGGUUGCAAUAAGGAAGGCUUUUGUGUUAGUAUACGAGGCAAAUUUGGGCCAGUUAGGAAGCAGCGGACAAGCACGAGGGAAGGCUGUAAGGCAAUGAUCCUGAUAAAGUCUGUCAAGUCUGGGAAAUGGACCGUAACAAAAUUUGUGAAGGAACAUAAUCAUCCACUUGUGAUUUCCCCUCGUGAUGUUCAUCAUACUAUGGAUGAGAAGGACAGGAAAAUUCAGGAACUAACCAUGGAGCUACGAAAUAAAAAGCGGUUAUGUGCAGCAUAUCAAGAACAGCUAACUGCAUUUAUGAAAGAUGUGGAAGACCAUAAUGAACGGCUAUCAAAGAAAGUUGAAGUCAUAGUCAACAAUAUUAAACAAUAUGAAUCGAAAGAUUGGGAACUUUUGCACUAUAGACAGACCUAGCAUUAAGAGGGAGCUUAGGCGCAACCGUAAGAUUGUCGCCGUGUGACCUGGAGGUCACGGGUUUGUGGCGUGGAAACAGCCUCUUGCAAAAAUGUAAGGUAAGGCUGUGUACUAUAGACCCAUUGUGGUCCACCCCUUUCUUGGACCCUGCAUACACAGGAGCUUUGUGCACCAGGCUGCCCUUUUUAUGUUUUGAUUUAUGAAGCGGAUAAGAGUAGUCAUAGAAGGUUUCUGGUUGACUACUGCUGAAUUAUUUUACUUCUAAUAUGAGUGCAGCAGACUAAUGAAAUGGAGAAUUACCAACAUGGAUGUUGUAUUGUGUGUAAAUGCAGCAAGCAUCGAAGGAGCUGCUAUGGUUUCUUUGAUGAAAGAAUCUGCAGGUUCACACUUUGGUUUUAAAAUAGUUUUGGUGUGCCAAGCAUCAUGGAAAAUUAAUAGGGUUUUUGGGCUUACAGUUGGCUAUGGAAUAGUUCAGCUAAUACUCCAGUGUCAAUAUAUUGGAUAUUGUAGAAGGCAAAUGUGUGGAUUUGAUUCAUUACAGCAUUGGUUCCACAUAACUGGUAAUUGUAUAAUUAUUUGUCCUUGGUAUCCUUUUAGUCUUGUGAUAUAACAGUUGAUACAUCUGCAGGCCAUUCGAAAUUGAAGCAUGUAUGUUUCUAUAGACUAUUGUCAAUUGAAUCAUAUAUUAUUUGACUUUCUAAAUUUGAUUUAUUCAGGACCCAUUUA